AUGGCUUCGACACAAUCUCUAAACCCGCCGCCAGGCAGCAGCAAUGAGAAGGCACCAGAGUUCACACCAUCGUCCUCAGAAGCACCGCAGGACGCUGUGGACGUUACUCCGGACCGGCCUGCUGAAGAGACAUGGGAGGACAUCCCCGAGGAGAUCAUAUCUUUGAGCAUCCGUACACGAGUUCGGCUCACCGACAAUGACUUGAAGGUGAUGCCCUCGGAGACGUUACGUCUGCAACAAGAGCAGAAUGCCACGAAGGAGAAGAUUCGGGACAAUGGGGAGAAGAUCACGCAGGACAAGGUCUUGCCUUACCUUGUGGCGAAUAUAGUCGAGAUUCUGGACGUGAAUUCUGAAACUGAGGACGGCAGCGCGAACCGAGACCUUGACUCUAUGCGCAAGGGGAGAUUCGCCGUCAUCAAGCCCUCGACACAACAAACCGUCUUCUUCCCGCUCACCGACCUCGUCCCGCCCGAGAAUCUCAGACCCGGCGAUCCCGUUGGCACCAAUAAGGAUUCGUAUCUGGACAUCGUCUGGUUCGUCCCUCUCGACCGGAUUGAGUUCGUCAUGAAGGCCACCAUUUUCAAGAGUUUUUGCAACCGCCACAACGCCGCAAUGGCGCAGGCUUCCAUCUCCCCGCCCACUCGGGUGCCCCCAUGGCCCGCACCCAGUCCCGCGCGGCCUCCGUCACGAGUCCCUUUACUACAACCGGCCGGCUUCGGCACAAACGUCUCGAUGAAGCCGGAGGUGCUUCCCACCUCCCAUGUGGCACACGAGGAAGAGUCGUUUGGCAACCGUCUCGUCUGA